AUGUCUUCGCACGGCGUCCCUGCGGCGGAGGCUCUUCUUGCCUCCGGUCGGAACUCCGAGAAGCUAAACCUCCCAACUCUCCAAUCAAAGAUGAAGUGCGACCCUGAAGGCUACGAAUCGGAGCCUCAUCCGCAACCAAUUCAACUCCUCACUCGAACUCUUCCAGCAACAAGCCGCAAUGAACUUCACUUCCAUAUACGGAAUCAAUAA